AUGGCAACAACAAAUGAUUCAUCGACAUUUUUCGAUAUGCAAAUGGAAUCUCCAUCAAGUUCAUGCUCAUCGUCGCCCCCGACAUCAAUAAAACCAACUGUUAAUCAGAACGAAAUCGAUUCCGGUUGUGGUAGUGAUGAAGAUCCAGCCUUAGCCUUAAAAAUCAACAAAGGUCUUUCAAUGGGCUAUGACUAUGAACUAAUCAAAAGUGUUAUUCAACAACAAAACGAUGGAGAUGACAUGUCGAAAUUUAUUGAAACGAUUGUUCGUACAGCUGAAGUCAACGGAAUUUCAAAUGGAAAUUACAGUCCAUCAAGCAAAAGCUGUUCUCCAACAACUGUUAAUCAAAAGGCAGACAUGGAUUCCUCAUCAACAAAUUCAAAUCAUUCGGAAACAGCAGUCGUGCCACAUGAUGUUUAUAUUAUUGAUGGUGCUGAUCUUGCUCAUAGCUAUAAUAAUAGUACAUUUUCAUGGCGUGGGAUUGAAAUCUGUUUGAAAUAUUUACAUUCUCAUGGCCAUAAGAAAGUGUUUGUUGCUUUACCAUAUUCAUUGAAACAUCACCGACAUGAACAAUGUUUUUCGGAAUCAAAAGUUUUACGUGAUCUCGAACGGAAAAACUUACUUGUCUAUACCAAUCGAAUGUCUAAACAAGUGAACAAGCCCAGCUCGUACACACAUAUUAGUGAAAUGUUAAAAUUUUCACAAAAAACCAAAGGACAUUUGAUAACAAAUGUUUCAUUAAAAGAUGUUAUUCUUGAUUUUACUGUCUAUAAACAUAUCUUAGAAGAGCGAGUUAUCCGUUAUCGAUUUCAAAACGAUAACUUUCAACCACUAUUAGUAACAAUUGUCAAUGGUGAUGAUGGAAAUGAUUGUGAAACACACUAUCCAUUAUGUCCCUAUGGCAAGAAGUGUACAUAUGGUUCGAAAUGCAAAUAUUUUCAUAUUGAACGUCGACAUCAAAAUCCUUUAUCAAUCACUGAAAGUCUUCAAAUGAAAGCACGUCUCGAAAAGACUAAAAUUCAACAUCAAUUGUCCAAUCCAUCUAUGAUGCCUAUGUUAAUCAAUAAUACAUUUAAUCAUACAAAAUCAGGUCCAGAUCAUUUACGCAUGUAUAAUGAUCGACAUUCACCUGUCUCAUUCUAUCCUGCUGUGGAACAAAGUCUAGUUGAUGACGCACGCGCUGCGUAUGAUUAUGGCUUACCAUCAACGCCAACAACACCAAAUGAUUUCUCAUUUGUUGAUCAACGUGCUCCUAUGCAGCAGCAACAACAACCACAACGACAAACGCAUCAUAGUUGGUUCGGCACACCAAAUCAACAACAUUCAUUUCUCAAUCGAACAUUUUCAAUGCCACAACAGCAACAACAAUCAAACGUGUUUUCAAGAAAUGAUUCUCAACGGUUGAUGGAAGAACAACAACAACAACAACAACAACAACAACAACAACAACAACAAAUGGCAACAGCAGCAGCAAUGCUAAUGCAUCACCAACAACAGAAUUGGAUUAGGCAACAGCAACAGAUGUUUCCUAUCCAACAACAACAACAGCAGCAGCAGCAAUCACUACCACCCCCACCACCUCAGCAGUUCGAGCAGAAUGUUCUUCGUCUGCUGUCCAUGCUCUCAUUGCAACAACAGAGCAAUAUGAUGACCCAUCCGACUAAUAACAAUAAUAAUCAACCAUUACCCUCGAUGAUGAAUUCAAUGAUGCCGCCGAUGACAAAUCAAGCAUCACAACCGAUUCAGCAAGAAAACCAAUAUGAACGUUCGUUGGCAAACAGUCAACAAGGUCUAGCUGAUAAAAUUCAAGCUGUCCGUCAUCUUUGGGAAUCAGAAAAUCAAUAUGCGAACACAUCACCAUUCACACAUUACAAUCAACAACAACAACAGCAGCAGCAAUCAUCAUCAUCUGCCUUUGACCCACUUUCGUACAAUCAUAUGAGUACAAUCUUUCCACAUGCAGCAACAUCAGGUUACGUUCAAUAUCAAUAA